GGCGCGACUACAUUGACGGCGCGUUGCUUGCUCGUGUAGUCGACCGGUGACAAAAUGUAUUAUAUUCAGGAUACAGCCCAUCCCACAUGUGUGAAUUAAACGUAGAUGUGGAAAGAUCUGUGAUGGGUUUUGAAAAAUAUGUAUAUUUCGUUCAUGCAGAGCAUAAAAAAAUGCAGCUAGUAAUGUAAUCAUGCAUCGGAGAGGAACUGCCGCCAGAGAAGCGCAGCGAUAAAAGUAGAAAUAAUGACGAUACAUCACAUCUACCAAGUAUAACCUCUGCCUAGCCCCAGAUGCCUCCUCUCCCUCUUGACGAGCGCAUAGUGGUUAUUCAGCGGCCAAAAAACUUGGCCUUGCGUGUGGCCUCUCCACCAACCACCUCCCAGUCUUCCUCACGUCUUACCAGCCGCAACAAGCUCCCAACCCACUCACCACAGCCCCAGCCUCCUCUACAUCACCCCUGUACACCCUUCAGCUCUUUGUCCCUGGAAUGCCGGCACAGGCCCUUCUCCCGCAUACAAAAAGCCAAGGACGAGAGAGGCACCACGACAGAGGUCAACAGCUGGAUCCCUAGCCACUGUCACAGCAAUGGGUCUGUGACUCUUGGGCCAAGACCUCCUAAGCACACACAUAACAUUGACAUUAAAGUGUCUGUGGACAAAGGAGGAACACAUUCAGACAAAGGACUCAGUAGCAGCUUAACUCGAGGUGGAAGUGUCAGAGAGGGCAGAGGUACAAAGCACUUGGAGCCAGGGCAAGGUGACUGGCAACCCAGAGUAAAGUCUUCAGAGCAAGCUGAGAGGUACCAGAACCAAAACAAGACACAACAUACUAGCCACCAUCAGAACCAGUUAGCAGUGUCACCAGGGGGGGUUUUAGAAUUCAUUCCAGCCCAAAGACAGCAAUCCAAAUCUAGGUGGAUAAGAGAAGACUUGUCGUCAAAGUCUCAUUAUAAAACCGCAAACAACAGAGACGUGCUAUCUGUGGGAAACAAAGAAAACUCUAAACUGGGACCUGCCCACCAGCCCCCCAACCCCCACAGUCUACCCCAUUACCAUGGCACUGCCCCAACACCUCAUGCAUCAAUCUUAAAUACUCACUACCCAGCUGGCUCACCCUCUGUCCCGUUCCGGGCCACAUCCUCUUUCCAGUACCUAGGUCAGACCCGUCCCUCCCGUGCCAGAGAGCAACACCCUCAGAUCCUCCACAGCUUGCCCCUCUCCCCCACUUCUCUGUGUGGAGGCUUCCCUAGCCCUGACCACACCUGCACUAUUAACUUUUCUCGCCCAUUCAACUGUGGCUGUUGGAGGCUGGUACGUGGUAGGGGAGGUAGAGGUCACUCAGCUGACUAUCAAGGAGCCUCUGGAAGCCCAUCCUCUUCAUUUUCCCAAACCCAAAGAAUAAGUCCAACCAAGGGAGGCGAUACCAUAAUGGGACUAAAGACCUUAGGAGGGUGCCUGUCUACAGCCUCCACAACCAACACCUCCUCCUCCAACAGCACUGUUUCAGACUGCCGCACAGGGCUUCUUAGGCCCUUACGCUGUACAUCCUGUUCAGGGGAAGGUGGCAGUUUUGAGAGUCCUACUGCCUUCCGUAAGAAACUAGUUGGUGGUUGCCUACCUUGUGCCCCACUAUCCUCAUCUGCUCCUCUGCGGGCAUUGCAAAGUUGUGUCAGUGGCUGCAACCCCAAAGCAAGUCAGGCAGGAAGCUCAAGCUGCAGCUACUGCAGCAGUGAUCCUAUAGUAGUGACCUUUAAUCCUCACAGAGGGAAACCUCCCAACAUAGGCCACAGUAUUGGGACGCAUACCAUGGGAGGGUACCAACAUGAUGAUGACGAUUACAGCGUGCGCACAAUUUGGCCUGAGGAGCUUGCAAAGAAGAUGACACGUUCUAAAACCCAAGCUAAUCACCACAGUACAGGGAUGGGGAUGGGAACAGGAAGGUCUUACAUGGGUCAUGACCAGAGCAGCCGCAAUGGAACCAAUCCUGUCAUUUUGGACUGUCAGAACCUUUUAGAGUUUACCCGUUCCCAACUGACCGACCAUGCAGGACGCCGGAGGCUUCAGCAAGGCAAAAUGGCAGUUUUGGACUUCAUGGGGUCUGGGAGCAGCAGAGACCCAGGCCGAGACUCUCUGAAGAGGCUCUGGAACAAAGGAGCAGAUGCUGGAAUGGGGGACAGUGAUGGGCUUGAUGAUGACAUGCUUCCACGCUCUCCUUCCCUUAAUUCUCUCCGUCCUGAGUCCCCACCUUCAUUUUCACCUCCACCUUCUGCUCCUAGUACCCUCAUCAAGCCCAAAGCCAGAGGAAGAGAGCGGGAGGGUGGACACUCUUUACCUUCUGCUCAGUCACUCCACUUGGUCCUCAACCCACUUAACAGAGAGCAAGAUGAAGAGAAUGGAAGAGUGCACCUCUCCCUCCCACUUUCCUCCUCCCUCCCAGCAUCUCUCUCUGAUGAGAGUAUAAUGACCCCAGAUGUGGAGAACGCUGUGGUUAGCCCCAUUCUACCGUUCCUCUUCCUGGGCAAUGAGAGGGAUGCACAGGACCUGGACCUGCUGCUGCGACUGAAUGUCAGUUAUGUGGUUAAUGUCACCACUCACCUGCCCCUGUACCAUGUGGACACGGGUUUGGUGCGGUACAAGAGGCUGCCUGCAACUGACAACAGCAAGCAGAACCUCCGCCAGUAUUUUGAGGAGGUCUUUGAGUUUAUAGAGGAGGCUCAUCAGAGUGGGCGGGGCGUGCUGGUGCAUUGCCAAGCUGGUGUGUCUCGCUCAGCGACAAUCGUCAUCGCCUAUUUGAUGAAGCACACCCUUAUGACCAUGACCGAUGCCUACAAAUAUGUGCGGAGUCGACGGCCAGUGGUGUCACCCAACCUUAACUUCAUGGGCCAGCUACUGGAGUUUGAGAGAGAUCUCAACUCGGGAGUUACCCCUCGAAUCCUAACCCCAAAACUAAGUGGUCUGGAGACACAAGUAUGAAAGAUCCAAUUUAAUGGAGAUUAAAGGAGUGAAGGGUGAAGAAGGAGAAUAAGGCUGAAAAAAAGAAGAGAGAGUGAAGACUGCACAAUUGUUAGCAAAAAUAGAUUUACAUCAACAUGUUUAUAGGGGUUUUGUUUUAUGAGGAGAUUUAAAAAAAACUGACCAGCUAAAAGUAAUCUUGGGGCAUAUGCAAGGUCUAUGGAGAGGCUAGAUAGUUCGUAUUAAAUGGAGUACCUCUGCCCUUUUGAGUAUUACAUAAUUAUAGUGCUUUAACAGCAGUAGGCAAAUGGGUGUUAUAACCAACUUUACAGUGAUAUUCAGUUCAUAAAAAUGUGCCAAGUUUCAUGAUACUAAGUAUUAUAUACCAAUACAUUACUAAUCAAUUUAAUCCAAUUAUUAUAGCAGUUAUUCUUAAUGAUAUUAUCAAGUUGCCCUCAUUGACACAAGCAACAUGUAAAAACAAAGAGGGUGGGGAACACAACCAAUGCAAUGGCAAACAACCUGGCUGUCAAGCACAGAAAAAGACACAAAAAUAUGAUGAGUGUUUAAGAACUUGAAAAAGAAUAGUACAUUACAUUGAGACCCAAAAACUGUAGCAGAUUUUUCAUACCUUCUCCACUGUGCACAGAACUUUUCUAGACAGAUUCAGUAGAGUGCAAACAAACCUUUUUUUUUUUAUUCCAAUUGUCUGUUACAUGGUCACAAAAGUUGGAUGCUGACAAUUGAGAAAUUUCACAAUAAGCAAGAACUUUUAUUUUGCCUUUUAUAAUUUCAGUUUACUGCUACUUUUGUUACCUGAUUUGUGUUUUACAAUGUUUAUCUCAAUUCCCAGUAUGGGAGAAGUGCAUAGUAAUGGUGACCAAGGUCAGCCCGGUGGAACAAAUAUUAAAUGAAAAGCUUGGAGACCGUCCCAUAACUGGCCAUUACAAAUGGAGUUUCAGAUUACCUCUGAAACCAUCUCCAAUGACUCCAAAGUACAAAGAGCAAAAAAGUUAUUUAUUUUUGUUGUUGUUUAUUGCUGAUAAUAUUACAGAUAGACAGAGUUGACGAAAUCAUGGAUGGAUUCUGUUUUUUUCCCUUUUUGAACCUAUGGACUAUUUCUGUCAAAGCAUUUUCAGAUCUACACUGUUAUAACAGUGCAAAGGUUUAGUUUAUAUUUAUUUACUUGUUUAUGUAUUUAUUAUAAAUACAGAUUGUAUGCUAAGAGAAAACACACAAAUGGAAUUACUUUGAUGAAAGUACAAAUGGAAAUACAAACCUACAAAGUUAA